AUGGAAAGAGAGGGUAAUUGUUAUUGUGGCAAAGAAAGAAAUUUAAAUAUUUGCGAACUUCUUUGCAGUACUUGUCUUAAAUGGUAUCAUGAAAGUUGUAUUAGCUAUCAAUUGGGAAAAUUAGUACCUUUCAUGGUUAAUUAUCAUUUUGUUUGUAAAAAUUGUUCUCCUACUGGAUUGGAGACACUUGGAAAUCUAGUACAAACAAGCAUAAAAGAAGGCAAACCUAGAACAAUGUUUCAUAAAGAUAAAGAAAUAAUCCCCUUUAUAGAUACUUAUUGGGAAGGAAUGACUACAAUGCCUAGAAGAGUUACACAAUCAUGGCAUGCUACAAUUUUAAGAGCAUUGACAAAAGAAACUGGAACUUUAUUCAAACAUGAAGAUACACCCGAUGGAAAUUGUUUUGGAUUGUUAAAUUUAGAAUUAACACAAAUACGUCCCUCGUAUGAAACAAUGGGGAAAACAGGAAAUAGUAAACAAAGCGAUGUUGUUCCUACAAAGGGUAGAUCGAAAAGAAAAUUACCCGCGGAUUCGAGUGGACCGGUAAAAAAGGGUAGAGGAGGUGGAGGAGAUGCGGUACCUAAACUACCCGCUCACGGAUACCCGUUAGAACAUCCACACAAUAAAGAUGGUUAUAGGUAUAUAUUAGCCGAACCCGAUCCUCACGCACCUUUUCGUCAGGAAUUUGACGAAAGUCCUGAUUGGGCUGGAAAACCCAUACCCCCUUGGUUGUACAGAGCCGUCGUUUCGAACACGGUAUUAUUAGCACUUCACGAUCGGGCACCACAAAUAAAAGUAUCGGAUGACAGGUUGACGUGUACCGGAGACAAAGGAUACUGCAUGCUUAGGGCAACUCAUUCCGUUACUCGUGGUACCUGGUACUGGGAAGCGACCAUAACCGAAAUCCCCGAUGGCGGAGCCGUGAGAUUGGGUUGGGCUCAGGAAUAUGCCAAUUUACAAGCACCCAUAGGUUACGAUAAAUUCGGUUAUUCCUGGAGAUCCAUUAAGGGAACCAAAUUUCACGAAAGUCACGGGAAACAUUAUUCGGAGGGAUACGCCGUGGGUGACGUUUUGGGAUUUUUAAUAACUUUACCGGAAAAAUCCGACGUCAGGUAUUUGCCGCAAACGUACAAAAAGGACAGGCCGCUCGUCAAAUUCAAAUCUCAUCUUUACUACGAAGAAAAGGAUCAAGUCGUCGAGGCUUUGAAAGCUUUGAAACCUUUACCGGGAUCUAAAAUAUAUUUUUAUAAAAAUGGCGAGUGUCAAGGUUUAGCUUUCGAAGAUAUUUAUCAGGGAGCUUAUUUUCCAGCCGUGUCGAUGUUUAAAUCGACGACGGUGACCGUUAAUUUCGGUCCGAAUUUUAAACAUCCGCCGGAUAUACCUCACCGAGGGAUGCACGAGAAAUCGGAGGAAGGAAUCGUCGAACAAACUCUGGCGGACGUGCUUUUUUUCACGGAAAAUUUUGGAAAAUUAAAAUUGGAUCCUUAA